CGCAUCACAAAACAUGUCCACGUUACUAAUAUUCCUGCUAGUUAUCGCUGUAACGAAAUCUGAAAGUAACGUUUCAAACUGCAAUGGUUUUACGGCAAAUUUUCAUUUAAAAAGUAUAACUGGUCCGUGGCAAGUAGUUGCUAUUAUACCGGAGAAAUUGUUUCCGGAUAAAGAUGUCGCUUGUUUUAAAGUGGAGUUCAGUGAAACAGAUGAGGGAGGAUUGCGGUGGCUGGUGAACAAGACCUUAAGCAUGCCUCACAAGAUGAGACUGGAGACCAUCAAAGGUCCCAUAGUUCGGCAGCGUUACCACGCCGACCAUCCAUUCGAUGUGUGGUCCAGAUCAGUUGAAGAUGUGAAUGGAUGUUUUCAACAAGUACUAUCAUUGGAUACUGAUAAGAGUGAUCUAUAUAAAGCAGUAACGCAUGAUGUCAUGAUGCAGUUACACCAGUUGGAUGCAGCGGACGGGUCUGAACCGUUUCUGGUGCAGAUGCUGUGGGGAAGGAUGAUCGCAGCUGUCAUAUACCGCAGACAACCAGGUGUAACGCAAGAUCAACUAAAGCCAGUUUUCGAGCUGAUGUCGAAGUUGCGAGGACCCCAGCGGGUGCCUAGAAUUUGUGAACUGCAACAUGAUUUUCUAGUUAGGAAACGUCAUUGAAGUGACACCAUAGUCAGUUGUACUACUCCUAUUAUUAAAUAAAG